AUGUCUAAUUUUAAAAAUAAUCACGAACAUAAGCAAACUAAAAUUACCUCAUUUAUUUUUAUAAAACAAUCUUUCAAAACGUCAGAAUUAUUUGAAGAUAAUGACUUAUUUAGCGAAGAUCCUAAUUUUGAUAAUUUUGACGAUGAUACUGCUACUAGUGAAAAUUUAAAUAAUGAACAUGAUAUUGAUAAUACAAUUAAACAAAAAAACCUAAAUACAGCCUCUGAUCAAUUACAAAUAAUGAGAAAAAUGAUGAACAUUUAUUUUCUUGUAAAACACAAUAUUGCUACAUAUUAUUUUGAAGAUUUAUGUAAUCUUACUGAGUUACAAAUUCAACAUUUUGAAAAAAACAUUAUAUCUAGUACUGAUAUACUUUCACAACUUCGUCGUCUAUCUCUAGUUUUUCAAGCUGAUUAUGUUUCAGUUUCAGAAGUUACAAUGCAAGUAAAUGCAGUUAUUGAAUCUAUUACAACUGAUUUUAUUGGUAAAGCAGAUAUGCAACCUACUUUUGGAACUAUACUAUUACG